AUGUCGUUAUAUGAUGAUCUUGAUACUAUAAAGGCCCGGACGUCUGAUAAAGUGGCAGGAUGGUCUUCGGGAAUAAAACUUUUGCAGUCUCAAUUACAAUUAAAAAAGGCUGCUGUAACACAACCGAAGAGAGAAGCUUUGCGAAGAUCUAAUCAGGUGCUUACUCCAGUAAUAGACUUAAAAAGUAAGUCUAAGGAUGAUGACGAGCCUAACACAAAUAGCCCAAAAAUUCAACCAAAAACAAUUACAGCUACUUUAAAUGUUCGUGAUUUUGAUUGGAAUGUUGCAAAUGAAUAUGAUCCUAUGUGGCCUAAUGAUUACGAAAAAGUAGCCAAAGAAAUGCAAGCUAAAAGGCUCAACCUAGAUGGAAGCGGUGAAAGAACUGAAAGGAGUGAUAGAUCAGAAAGGAAACGUAAAACAAGAUUUAAUGAUGAAGAAGAUGUCAUACCGGAAAAAACAUUAGUGCCAAUGCAACCUGAAGAGGAAGAAGCGGAAGAGAAAACCAAACGGACGGCAGGAGUUGCUAUUGCACCACCACCUUCUUUGACUAUAGAGAGCCUUUCACCCCCACCAAUCAUACCCACUCCGACAGCCAGCCAAGGUUUCUCAAUUGGUGGUUAUGGUGCUAGUUCGGUUGCAGCAAAAAUUAUGGCAAAAUAUGGUUUUAAAGAGGGUCAAGGUUUAGGCAAGAAAGAACAAGGAAUGUCAGUAGCAUUACAGGUUGAGAAAACUUCCAAGCGUGGCGGUCGCAUUAUUCAUGAAAAGGACAGUACAACCAUGAUGCCGCCUAGUUUUGCUAUGCCAUCAUUUUCAGGACCCGACUCUCCUAAUGCUUCAAAUUCACCACUUUCGAGACAAGAACCAUCUAUUACAGAAAUAAUGAAAACACCAAGUAAAGUGGUUUUACUGAGGAAUAUGGUGGGACCUGGUGAUGUGGAUGAAGAACUAGAACCAGAGGUUAAAGAUGAGUGCAACACCAAGUAUGGUGAGGUAGUAAAAGUCCUGAUCUUUGAAAUGCCCAAUGCACCCAGUGAUGAAGCUGUCAGAAUAUUCGUGGAAUUUAAAAGGAUUGAAAGCGCUAUCAAAGCAGUUGUUGAUUUGAAUGGACGAUUUUUUGGCGGGAGGCAGGUCAAGGCUGGCUUUUAUGAUGUAGAAAAGUUUGCGUCUUUGCAAUUAAAUGAAUGA